AUGGUGUCCAUUGGCUUCCUUCUAAGAUUGAUCUCCUCCCAGGACACCUACCAAUCGAUCCAGUCCCAAAUUGUAAGCAACCCCUCCAAAUUUGACGAUACUUUGGCCACAUUCCAGUAUGGAUCUUUAUUGGUAGCAGGGAUACUCAAGAAGGUCCAACACUCCAAGGACUCGUCGGCUUAUUCAGCCAAAGUCUACCAAUCAUUGAGAGCCAUUUUCUACUAUUUCCAAGACUAUCGUAUCGUUUCUAGGUGUUGGUCGUUGAUCCCGUUGUUGGCCUCUCUUUUGAGACAGCUUAACAGCAAACCAAACAUUUCGUACUCCAAACUUAUGCCAUUGGCUCAGACCCUAUCGUUGGUAAUAUUUCAAGCGUUGGAGAAUUAUGCCGCAGUACUGAGUCACAAUUUCCUGUCCCUUCCAAACUUUGACCUGAAUGACCCAAAAGAUCAACAGUACAACACCAAAGUGUAUCGGUUAUCUUACCGUUUCUGGGCCCUUUACGUCAUUCUGGAGCUGGCUGACAUUUCCAGGUCGAUUUUGCGUCCAGGUUCAACUGCAACUCUCAGAUCUUCACUUGAUCUUGCCAAAUUGAACCCAAUUGCAAUCAGACUUUACAACAACUUGGGAUUCCUCCCACUGACCUUCCAUUGGUCUACAUCGGGCUUUUUACCGGAGACGCUCAUUGGUCUCUUUGGAUUUGUGGGCUCUGGAGCCCUAGCCUACCCUCACUGGGUUCGCUUAUCUAAGCACUUAACGUCUACAUUGAAUUAA